UUACAGCACUGUGGCCGAUAUGGUUACGUCUCGUCACUGGAGAACAAUUAGUUUAAGCAAGUAUUGUUCAACUCCUCAAAUUGCACGUGUAUUGCGCGAGAGUCGUGUUUACAGCCGUGUUUACAAGUCACGUGCAGCGCCCAAUUGUCGCGUCAGGACUCGAUGAAACGACAAACGCAUUCAUAGUUCGUAGUUCGUCGUUAGCAGGUGUUACGGAACCUGGCUUAUUACGGUUUGGUGAACGUUUCAAUGUCCCUUAUCUAACGAGAUAUUGGACAAGCCCAAGGAGCACGUGACCGGAAACCAGCGGAGCCCAUGCGCUAAUACAGUUGUCCAUCAUUUCCCACGCCUGAUCGAAUAAUGAUUUCGGAUAAGAUUUUUAUUCCUGAGCUGUAUUGCAAGAUUAAUAUCCUUUGCAAUAUUGCUGCAGAAAGGGAAAUCUAGGUGAGAUCGGACAAAAUGGUGUCAAUAAUCCAAAACCAGAUCACAUGUCCACUUCCGCUAAGCAUAAAGCCGAAAACACAACAAAUAGUUUUGAGCGGAAAUCAUCCAGGUGAAGACUUUUGACUCUUAUUGCAUGAAAACAGACACACCAAAAAAACCACAUUUGGGCAGGGACGUCAUCAAUGAUCUGGAUGCACUAAUGUCAUCGGAAGGUAUUGAUCUUCACCUGGCGGUACGUCUCCAAUAUUGGCCGACUCACUGCCAACAGUAUUUUCACGCCGGCUAUCCAAGACCUCCAUCUGCUCAAUUCCUAUAAUGUACAACAUUACAUAAUUGAAGGUUGACUCUAAAGUUCUCCAUGGAAGUUUUAUUUUCAUCCGGUUCAAAUUCUUCCGUACGAGACGAAACUCGUACUGCCAUCAUCGCGGAUGAAAGUUAUCUUAAAUACGGUGUAGAUAUUGCAGUUUAUGUUAUGACUGUACCUCUACCACCAGUUUUGAUAAUCGUGGGGCUAUUUGGAAAUUUUUCAAGCUUUCUUCUUAUGAACCAGAAAAAGUAUGAGAAGAGUACAACUUGUUUCUACAUGCGUUGUUUGGCCGUGGCUGACUCUCUAUAUAUUUACGGAAGAAUCGUGCUGCGGUAUUUGCUCGUGAUGACACCACAUAUGCUCGCUGAUGGACAGGUAUCGUGUUAGCUGUUAUCCAAAGCAGGCAGGACAAAUCUCUGAACAAGUCCAGUACGUCUUCAAAUGAAGCAUCAUUUACAACGGUCACUGUGUUAGUUACGAUGUCUUUCCUUGUUCUCAGUAUACCGGAGUUUUGCUCCGAUUUCUUUUGGCAGUAUUGGCAAGGGGAAGUAACGCCUGAUGUUAGUCUCUACAAAAAGCUAACACUGAAUAUUGGGAUUAUCUUUGCUUGUAUGAAUUAUUGUUUAAAUUCGUACCUGUAUGUUUUGCCAUGUGCUCGAUUGAGAAAGGAGAUGAUACACAUUUUGUUUAGGUCAAAGAAUUUAAAGGGAUUAUGUUAAAAAUGAAGUAGGGGGCCAACUCGAUCCAGCAUCCACUUCCAGGGACGUCGAAUUAAUUCAGCUGGUUGAGCCGCGUCUGUUUCAUUUAGGCCGAGAACCCAUAAAAUAGGCCCCCUCAACCGGCCUCAUUACAUCUAAUAGCCUAAGUAUUUGAUAUGUACACCUUAUUGAUAGGGUAUGGACCAAAUAAGGCGCCACUUGUCAAUCUUGUCGCAGCUAUCACAACAAGCACACUCACGGAUAACUAGCCCAUCCAUGGAUACAAACCACAAUUUCCUCUUUUGUCUCAUUACUCCUCCAGGUCUGAACGCUGCCAAAAACUGACAUGCCACAUGAUGUAUACCGUCAUCCAGUGCGUGCCAGUUCUUGGAGUUCGUUGCUGACAGGCAAAGUCUUGAAGCAAUAUUGAAAUCGCUCGACGGCGCCGUUCAACAGAUCCCUGCCAUAUUCUCCGCAACCUACAACUAUACCUGCAGACGUAGGCUUUUCUAAACGACGUGAUUUCAAAAGGUAACUUGCAGGAAGGCAACCUAAUAUGUCAUAGGAAUAGACCUAGAAACCAAGUUGAUAUCUCUUCUAAAUGGUUCGUAAUUAACAUUGACAAAAUAUACGUUUUUGAGAGUGGUUACCAUGGAAACGGGCACUUCGCAUGGUUGUCGGAAGAAAUCAUGGUGUCAACUAUGUUUUAAGUAGUAGUUUUGCAUUAACAAUUAACUAGGUAUGCUAUGGGCUUCAGCAUCCAGACUGUGAUCAUACAUGUCCAAAAGAGUGGUUUGAACGCUGCUGAUGACUUGUCGUACAUGUAGCUAUCAAUGCGACAAGCGAGUUUGCCAGGGAAUGCCCCACGAGUAUCAGCUAGAUUUGCCACAAUAAAGGGUAUUUCAUUAACUCCUGCUGUUAAUUUGUACUGGAGCUCGUGACGCAUAUAGAUGGUAUUCAAGAGGAAACUAUAUCCUUGUUGAUCUCUGCAUGUAAUGGUGCAUUGCGGUUCUUAGGUCACAAAAACAAAAUCGUUUCGGUCGAGCCUUAAAAAAAAAAAAAAAAAAAAAAAAAAAAAAAAAAAAAAAAAUAGACGUUACAAUAAUGAUUGCAUGCCCCAAGUUGGCUGUUUUGCCAAAGUCGCACUUAGAUGGGAUGAUGUUUACCUAUGAUUCUCAAUUGGGCUUUCCUCAAACAAAAAUGAGGCAAUUACUUAAUUGAAGAAUCGUGUUGAUCAAUCGAAGGAAAAAGUCGCAUCAAAUAUGAACUGUUUAUAGUUGUUUUAAUUGCGUUGUAUGUUGUUUAUUUGUUAAAAGGAUAAAACGGUUAACAGCUUGAGUUGAAGUACUACAAGGGGCUGUCGUCUGCAUUCGAUCAAAUCGUAUAUCAUACAAUGCAAAGUAAACAUCAGCAAGUAGGUGGUAAAAUCUAUCGCUGAUUGGCUGGCUUUUCGAAUGCACGUUAAAAGGACAAACAUACCACGGGCAUUAUUACCACGAAAUCGGCUAACCCGUCAUCUUCCAAUAUUCGUGUUCCCUCCCUUCCUCAACAGUGAUUGGAAAUUGCAUUACUUGUAGCAGUGUAUAGUGCUUCACUAUAAACAAUAACGCUAAUGAUAUGGACACACGCUGUAACGGAUGAUGACAUCGGUAGAGCUAAGAAGCCAUCCAUUUAGUUACGUAACAUUCCCGUUGGCUGAUGAACCAGAAUAUAGACAGGAAGGAAAUACACGAUUGUUUGUCACUUGUUGCCGUGGGAAUUGGGAUAUUGGAAGUUUAAACGCAAUGGCGACGUGGAAAUUGAAUACGAUAACCCCCAGACUUCCAGCAAAAAUAUUUACAAGCGUGCGCGACCAUGAUGACUCUCAGGCGGGGCAGCAUGAGUGAAAAACCUAUCAAGGAAGGUUUCACGAAGGAAUCGCUAUACGAACAACUUUUUCGUGAAAAUUCUGCGGAUUUAAGCAUGACUUAUUUUGAUGAAAAAGACGAGGAUAAAAAGGAGAAGGAGAAGGCGUCGGAUAUUGCUACUACUUGGGCGACCACAACUAACUGUCAUGGCAUCCCGAGGAUACAGACCGCCAAAACUUGGGGCAAAAGGAUUUUCUGGAUUUUGCUGUUUCUGGGCGCAAUGUGUGGUUUUAUCGCUCAAACAGUAACCAUCUGCGAGGUGUUCUUCUCCUACCAAGUCUCCACGACAGUGAAAUAUGAGUUCAGAACACGUAUCCAGUUUCCAGCAGUUACUAUCUGCAAUGUUAACGCAGUCAGGAGGUCGAAGUUGGCAUUGGGAGGCAGCACGAUCAGCGGCCUUUUCGACGAGGAGGAAGUAUCUGGUAGAGAGAAAAGGAACACUCCGGGAUCAUCAGCAAAUAAUAGACUAAUUCAGACUAGCGAUGGCGAUCGUUUGGAUCAGUUCAAUGACUUUCUUGUGGAGUGGUCAGACCUGGAUGAAGAUACCGCAGUCAGGAUGGGGCAUCAGCUGGAAGAUAUGCUGCUGGGCUGUACUUACAAUGGACAUUCAUGUAACUCUAGUGACUUCGAACUUCUCAGGAAUAAUUUAUACGGGAAUUGCUACAUUUUCAACUCUGGUUGGCGAGACAGAAACAUUUUAUACUCUUACAGAGCCGGACCGCAGUAUGGUUUGUCCCUCGAACUGUUCAUCGAGCAAGAGGAAUACAUCGCAGGCCUGACUGAGGAUGCUGGAGUGAAGGUUUUGCCCCACCAUCAGAAUGACAUGCCUUUUCCGGAUGACCAGGGUGUCCUCGCUUCUCCCGGGCAUCUUACUUCUAUAAGCGUGACGAAGACCAAUGUUUUUCGGCAAGCUUGGCCGUAUGUGACUCUGUGCAAUAGCCAUCAGAGUGAAGAGCAUGAAUACAACGCCUAUGCGGAAAUGUACCCUGUAAAAUACACACAAAAGGCCUGUUACCGAACCUGUACCCAAUUUUACAUAAUCAGCGACUGUGGGUGUGUGAGUUCUGACUAUCCGAAAACAGGGGUUGCAUAUAGUGCAGUCUUCACCGGCAGUGAAGAGACUUGUUCGUACAAUGACACCUGCGUGGAUGGCGUUAAGCAUAGAUUUUCGAAUGGUUUGCUAAAUUGCAACUGCUCUUGGGGAUGCAGUGAUACCUAUUUUGCCCCAACCGUUUCUUCAUCUCAGUGGCCCAACGAUCAGUAUCAGUCAAUCUAUGACGACGCAAUUUCGACUUCCAGAAAGGACCUUAAAAAUUUCAUAAUUGGCGCUAACGCCUCCCCGCGCAAAAACCUGUUAAAGGUCAAAGUAUUCUUUGAAGAGUUAAACUACCAGGAAAUCAAAGAGAGCCCAGCAUACACAAUUGGAAACAUGGCAGCUGACUUCGGCGGUAUUGUUGGUCUUUACCUCGGCAUGUCAGUGCUCGCAGUCUUUGAACUGAUAGAGCUCAUCUUUGAUCUGCUGCACUACAGUUGCAAAAAGAGGUCAGUCUGUAAGAGUAAGAACGCAGUCAAGGAAGUUACAGCUAGCAAGACGUCUCUGAGCGACAAGAAGGUAUCACCGGUAGGGACUAUCACCACCAGUCUUGGCGAGCUCCCCAGGAACUAUGACUUGCCGCCGCUGACAAACACGGGAUAUUGGUACAUGGGACGUGGUGCAUCCAAACAGCCACCGCCGACGACUUAUACUGCGUAGGCUUCCAAGAGCAUAAAGUCCCGAAAGAAUCGCAGGCAUAAUGACGGGAAACAAUGGAUUCUUGCAUGCGCUUUUAAUCGUGUAUUACAAUAACCUCAAUAACCAUAAUCCGCCAAGGGUCAGUCACUUUUUGCGGGGGCACAUUUUCUACUUCUACAUCCAGGAAAAACGUAAGAUUUCUUUUGUUCGGUCGUGGAACAAAGCGUAUCCAUUGAAUGAAUUGUGAACCUACGAUUUUAAUCUGUUUGCAUGUGUGUAUAGGCUAGCAGUCAAUUGGCCUUCAGUCAACCAUAUACCGCUGGAGUCCUCAACACGGAGAGACGUGUUGCGAGUGCGGGCAGUCUAUUUGCAAUCCACCCAUGUAGUUUAUGUGUAUAAUUCUUUAUUUCUUGUAGCGAUUUGAAUCAUUCUUUCACAUUCUUUAGUCUUGACCAAAAUGUCGUGGUGAGAAGGCUUCAUUGGAGUACAGAUGUUCUUGUGUAUAAAUGCCUCUCUUGACAAGCUGCGGCUGAUUCCUUAUGUCAUGCACUUGGAAUUGGCCGUAGAGUUUGUUUGUGUUGGGUUAUUACAUGUACACUGUACUGCGAAGGCCCGAAUCACUUUAGAAUAUUUAGUUAGGAUGAUUUUCAGCGUUAUAAAUGUUUUAUAGUGUAUUUGUAGUUGUCUGAGGUUAUG